CAGCUAUCCAUGAUGUAUCACACUUUCUAUUGUCCCGCCUUUGUCGAAUGCAGCGGCGUCACUGUAACUUAUGCCAGAUACAGAGCCAGAGACAUACGGUGGCCAGCUGCCCCCCACAACUGUGGAAGCAGAUGAACAUGCCACAGAGGUCGACACGAGUGCCUUGAAGGACAAGGACUACGCGAAGGCUUUAGCUCCCUGGCGCUAUGCCGUUCGAACCAAGCUCGUUGGACGUGUCAAGGCUGAAUCAAAGGCAGUAGCCUAUCUCCAAAGAACAAUGCGUACAUCUUGGCUGGAUAUAUACUUUGUCUACUCUUCGUACCUCGGCACCGACACUUUCUUUCUCAUCGUCCUCCCGCCAUUCUUUUUCUUUGGGUACGAUGACUUUGGUAGAGGUUUGCUGAUGAUACUGGCUCUUGGUGGCUACGCCUCUUCGUCAUGCAAGGAUCUUUUCUGCUCGCCCAGGCCGCCUUCCCCGCCCGUAACGCGUCUUACUCUCCGGGACCAUCAUCUGGAGUACGGUUUCCCAUCAACACAUACCACGCAAUGCUCCUCGAUUGCUCUCUACUUCCUCCUCCAUGUAUCGCCCGCAUAUCGUCCCCACAUAUUCAUAUACACCUUCACCAUCAUCUUCGGCCGAUUGUACACAGGCAUGCAUACUUUCACCGACUGCAUUGUCGGCUGCAUCCUUGGAAGCUCAGCAGUUUGGGUGCAUAGCCUUCCCAUGUUCCAUUACUUUGAAGCUUGGGUGUUUGAAGGUGGUUUGGCCGUUCCACUGGUCCUCAUUUUUGUGUUCCUGUUCUUCCUCGAGAUGCAUCCCCUUCCUGUAGAUCCUUGUCCUUGCUUCGAGGAUUCUAUUGCUUCUGGGAGCGUCGCGCUAGGUGCUCUGCUUGGAAGAUGGGGUGCCAAUUACUUCAGCGUUGGCACUCUACUGCCAAUAAGCUCGUGGGCCUGCGCUGCCAUGUGGGUAGACUCCGACGUCCUAUGGAUGGUCCCCAUUUUGAAGAUGUUCAUAGGCAUGUCGAUUAUUCUUUUAUGGCGUUUGCUUGCCAAGGCGAUGUUAGUACCAAUAUUAAAAGAGGUUUUAAGAGAAGAGGUUGCAACAAGUAGGGUGCAAGGUAAACAUCGUAAAAGUUACGUUCUCACAAAGGUCAUUGUGUACGCCGGGAUUUCCGUACUUGCGUGUGAUGUGCUACCCGCCGUUUUUACUUAA